AUUUCCCUUCCCUUUCACUGCUUCCCUUUCAGUGUAUGAUUAAUCAUUAACUGGAAAAAUCUACAGCAAGAACAACAAACAGCAUAUCACUUUUCAUGCACUGCAAGCCGAAUCAUGAAUAUUAUUCCACUUUUAGGAGCUGUUCUCGCCAACUCCAGGAACAGUGCCAUUCACUUGCUGCCAUUCCUGAUUAUGAGUUAUUCAGCAACUGGUAACAGUACGAGCCCUUUGAUUGUUCUUGACCAAUAUGAAGGUAGUGGGAUCAGACUUGUCUGCAAAUCUGAGAAUGUGAGAUCUCCUGAGCUUCUGCAGCUGUCAUGGAUGGAUGGCAAAGGACAAGAACUUUCUGCAACUCCCACCACUCUGGGCAAAAGCAGCAUUGAAAAUUCUGUUCUUCUAGAAUGGGGUUCUGGGAGUGCUGUCUCCUGCAGAAUCACCAAUAAAUCUUCAAAUACACCAAUAGGAUCAACUUCCCUUGUAAUUGCAGAUAUCUUUUUCCCUUCCACCUCCCUGUGCAUGGUUGGCUUCUUUGUCAUUGCAGUACUUAUCAUCAAUGUCAUAAUUGUCACCUAUUUGAAACUAAACCAUGAUCGUUGGAAGAUUGCUUUUUCAGGUAAUCACUGUAUCACUUUAUGGAAUGAUUUAUGGGAUUGUGUUAACAGGGGGAAUAAGGGGCUGAGCAAAGUCUGCUGGGUGGGGCAGAGUGAAGCCAUUCAAGUCCUAACGAUGUUGAGGUUCUUACCAGGGCUGAAAGUUUAUGCAUUGUUUGUUAUAAGGUUUGAAGUAAUUUUGUAA